GGAACCGCCGCGGGGCCGGCCGGCGGCCGCCCAGGCCGGGGAGGAGCCGCCGGAGAAGCGAUGCAGGAAGCCAUUACCAUAACGGAGCAGCCGGUCUCUGUCUCUGUCCCGGCGGGAUAUUCCUUCACGCUGCGGUGCCGAGCCCAGGGACGUUCCCCUCUGCAGUACCAGUGGUUCUGUCAGCACCAGUCUGACUGCCGCCUGAUUCCUGGAGCAACCAACCAAGACUUGCCCAUCAUUGCAGAGCAGACCCAGCUCUACACCUGCAGAGUCAAUGACCUCCACAGAAAUGCUGUCUUCUCUGACUGGGUGAAGGUAGAGGUCCAUCAGUGUGUCGCCAGAGGUCUGCCCCCUCGGCUGUGGCAAGGAGAGCCAGUGAUUGUGCUGAACCCCCAGGAGCAGCGGGUGGAGGUGGGGCAGCCCCUGCAGCUGCAGUGUGCUGCCAUGGGGGUGCCAGCCCCCAGCUACCAGUGGUACCACAAUGGGAACCCCCUGGAGCAGCAGAAGAGGAAAAAGCUCCGGAUCACCCACAGCAGGGUCAGUGACUCUGGCACAUACCUGUGCUGUGCCUCCAACAGCCACGGGGAGCACUGGAGCAGCGCCGUGGACGUUCACAUCGGUCCGUGUGGCUCUGGGAAGUUUUUUGCUACAGGCAAAAUAGCGCUUCUGGUGGGCAACAACCGUUACCAGCACCACCCCAACCUCAUGGCCCCUGUGAGGGAUGUGUUUGAGCUGAGGCACCUUCUGGAGCAUCUGGGCUUCCAGGUUGUGUCCCUGCUGGAUCUCAACAAGGCUGAGAUGGCGACAGCGGUCGCUCAGUUCCUGCAGCUCCUGGGCAAGGGGGUCUAUGCUGUAUUCUACUAUGCUGGGCAUGGCUAUGAACAUCUGGGGAGGAACUACAUGGUCCCCGUGGAUGCUCCCCAGCCCUACGCCCCUGAGAACUGCAUCAGCGUGCAGAGGAUCCUGCAGAAGAUGCAGCAGCAGCAGACAGCCCUGAACAUCAUCCUGCUGGACACCUGCAGGAAGUGGUACAACUCAGGACGUGCCCUGUCCCAGGUGCAGCCCCUGGAGCCCUGGGGGAACACUGUCUAUGGCUAUUCCACGAGUGAAGAUGCAGAAGCCUAUGAACUGCAGGAUGGGGAGUUCAGCUCUGGGAUCUUCAUGAAAUACCUGAAGAAACACAUUCUGCAAGAGAAGAAGGUUACACACAUGCUGGAGGAUGUGUUAGAAGACAUUGGCCGUGAUCCCCUGGUCACUGGGAAGCAGGUGAUGGAGAUCAAGCACACCCUGAAGGAAGCGCGGUCCCUGACAGACCCCAUCUGUGCCUCGGGAGCAGGCGCUGAGCGCUGGGGACACGGCCAAGAGCUGCCGAGCAGAACGGUGACGUUCCCGUGCGGGGCGCGGGCGCAGCUCCGCUUCCUGCGGCUCUUCUCCAACCUGAUGUUCGUGUGUGCCAAGCCACUGCCACCCCUGGCACACAUCACUGAGCCCCAGCUCCGGCUCCACCAGCUCGAGACAGAUGCUGUGGCCAUCCAGAGGGAGAGCUGUCUGGACCACGUGGAGACUCUGCUGGCCUCUGUGUACAAGAGGGAGGAGCUGGACUGCAUCUUCCAGCUCUGUGCACUGCAGAAAAUUCAGACAGAUGUGGUCCUGCAGCUGGAUUUGCAUUACACCCAUCCAAGCACAAACCAGAGGACUUGUGAAAGCCUGCAGACCACGCUGCAGAAAUCCCUGCUGAGACAGUUUGUGUGCCAGAGGAAGGACUCCCAGCCAGCCCCUGCCCGUGUGUGCCCACAGGGUGCCCCGGGGCUGGGCACUGAGCCCAAGGGCUCCCUGGGCACGGGCUCUGGGCACAGCUUGCCCAGCAGCAGCCCCUCCACCUUCAGCAGCGAGCCCGAGGAGAACGAUGAGAGCGAGCUGGCUCUGCCUGGCCCGGGGCAGGGCAGGCCCUGAGCCCAGCCUGGGAGCUGCUGCUCUGUCAUUGAGGCCUCAGCCUGAGUGCUCAGUCUGGCAGAACCCAUCAGUGCUUCCCAGCCCUGGCACAGCCCUGUGUGAGCGAGGCCAAGGCUGCUUUUUUGGAAAGGUUUCUCCUGUGUGUGCUCUGCGGUGUGCAGGGCCUCAGCUCCCAGUGGGAAUGUUCCCUGUCCUGUGGGAGCACUGGGAUCAGCAAGGAGUCAUUGUGGUGUCUGGCAGGGGACACAGCCACCCACCAGUCAAAACAGAGCCAGGCAAAAAGGGUUUUGCUGCAGGGCAAGGGCACAGGCUGGUGUUUUCUGCCUGGAAACAAAGGUUGCUGCAUUGGGAAGCCCACAAACACUACAGACCCCUCUGGCUCAAAUCCCAGCCACCACUGCUGCAUGUCCCCAACCCGUGCAAGGGACACAGGGCUGCACUGAGGGAACCAGGGGAAACAGUGCAGGCUCUCCACAGGGUCCCAGUGUGGUUUCCUUGUCAAGGCAGGUGUUAAGUUAUGCAUUUGUGUAUUUAUAACAGGGGGGAGGCAGUAGCUUGCCAGGAGGAGGAAGGGCAGAUGUUCCAUGCAGUGUGUUUACACUGGAGCAGGAGCAGUGCCCAGGCAGGUGCACUGACACUGCCCCUUCCAGCAGGGCAUUAAAGGGUGUUCAGCCCUCUGCAGCUACAAGUUCAGGUGCAGAAUGUCCUACAGGAGAGGUGGAAUGUACCAGGAUUGAGAAAGGAUAACCUCAAAAAAGUUAUUAUUAAUGCAGGUUAUUCUGUGUGUGUGCCUGUCUGUGCUGUGGGCAGCCUCAGGCACUAUGUAGGGAAGCCACAGGGGAGCCCAAAGCACAGCCUGGGUGUCACACCCCUCUCUGAUUGCUUCCUAAUGGAUGUUUGAUAAGGGGGAUUGCUCAGUAUUGCUGUGGGGUCUCCAUCCUUGGAGGAAAGUUCACUUUGGGCUGCAGAAGGUGCCAGUGACCUGAUCCAGGCUGUCUGAGACAGCUGGAGAUCCCUUCUGGCUGCUGUGAAACAAAGAGGUUGGAGGGCAGAACUUGUUGAGAGGUCAAGGGCAGCAGGGUGGGGAGAAUGCCUGAGCUCUGUCUUGCUUUAAAAGAGAGUUGGAGGCAGAAUUUUCUCAGUUUUGCUCUCCUUCAGCAGUGAAGAUACAUCCCUGUCUGUGGUGCCAGUUGCAGCAUAGAAAAAUCUGAAAUGUUGCUCCCAGAUAAACCAUUCUCCAAGUGCUGGAAACCUGUCCAAAGAGAACAGAGGAGGCUUUUAUCCUUCUCACAGUGAGUAGAGCCAAGGGAAAGAAGUGGGGCCCCAGCUGGCUGCAGACUAGAAAGUCUCCUAGAAAAAAAAAAAAUCUAAAGCUCAAAAAAAAAAAAAAAAAAAAAAAAGAAAAUUCGGAGGAUGUAGCUUAACUAAGAUGGGUUGAUAGAGAAGCUAAAGCAGAAAAAAAUAAAGUAAUUUCAGGAUGAACCAAAGAUCAAUUCCACAGCAGCAGCCAUGGGGACAGGUCAGUGGGAAUGGCUGAGCAGGCAUUUGGGAGGAGGUUCCUCUGAGGAUCAUUCACAGCCCCCUGUGCUGUUGGGGCACUGAGGCAUGGCUUGAUCCUGGCUCACAUUAUCAUGCCAAGUGUCAUCUAAUAUGAAUUUUUAUCUCAUUCAAAGCAAGAUUGAUUAUUUUUUCUGAAUAAAACACUAUUGGUGUUUUUAAUGUACAAAGCUUCA